CGCGGCUGCAUAGAUAAACCUCCCACUUCGCUUUACACGUUCGUUCUGUUUGGCCUUUUCGAGUCGGCGCGCAGAUGUGAUACCCUGAAUUUCCUCCUCAGCCUAACUUUCAUUUCGCGAAGGUUCUUUUCUAACACCAGGAAAACUUGUACAUCUAGGAGGUUAUCUGUCGGAAUGGCGGCUUCUGUGCCCGUGGAGAAGACGAUAUAUCUAGGGGCUUUUGCGCACUGUGUUGCGCUUGCGGAGUUGGAGAUUGUGGAGAAGGGAGCUAUUGGUGUGGAUGAGCAUGGUGUGAUAGGAUUUAUUGAGAAAGAAGUGGAUGUGGAAGAUGUGAGAAAGAGACAUGAGGGGUGGAAUGAUGCGAAGGUUGUGAGCGUGAAGGAUGGGUUCUUCUUUCCGGGGUUCAUUGACACACAUACACACGCACCGCAACAUCCCAAUACUGGCCUGUUCGGUAAGACUACCCUACUGGACUGGCUCGACAAAUACACCUUCCCUAUGGAAUCCUCCUUUUCCUCUCUGGACAAAGCAUCCCGAAUCUACACCAACUUCGUCUCCCGCACCCUUUCCCAUGGAACCACAACAUGCGCCUAUUACGCAACACGGCACGUUGAAGCCACCAACCUUCUCGCUGACAUCUGCCUUGCGCGCGGCCAACGCGCCCUCGUCGGCCGCGUCUGCAUGGACACCCUAAGCCCAGAGUACUACCGCGACGAGAGCGUUGAGAGCGCCGUCCGAGACUCCAAAGCCUGCAUCGACUACGUCCGCAGCAUCGACGCAGAAGGAUCCAUCGUGCGGCCCAUAAUCACCCCGCGGUUUGCCCCAAGCUGCACUGCACCGUGUCUAGCGGGGCUAGGCAAGCUGGCCCACGAAGCAGACGCCUUCGUCCAAACACACGUCUCGGAGAACACUUCAGAAAUCGCGCUCGUGGAGGAGCUGUUCCCAGAUUCGAAGUCCUACACGCACGUCUACGACGAGGCGUCGCUCCUCACGCCGAAGACAAUUCUCGCGCACGCUAUCCAUCUCUCGACUGAGGAGCGGAAACUGGUCAAGGAGCGUGGCAGCAAAAUAAGCCAUUGUCCGGCAUCCAACACCGCGCUGACGAGCGGUUGUUGUCCCGUGCGGGAACUUCUCGAUGAAGGGAUUACGAUAGGGCUAGGCACGGAUGUGAGUGGUGGGUUCUCGCCGUCCAUUCUUGAAGAGGCGCGGCAUGCUAUUUGGACGUCAAGGUUUGUCGCUAUGGGGACGCCGGCGGCCGCGGCUUCGUCUCUCAAUAACGCUGCCAAGUUGUCUACUGCAGAAGCGCUGUAUCUCGCGACUCGCGGCGGAGCUGCGGUCGUUGGACUAGAAGAUAAAGUCGGAGGGUUCGAAGUUGGCAAGGAGUUCGAUGCGCAGAUGAUACGACUGGGCAGCGUUCCAGAAGAGGGAGACAAAGAGGGUGUGUUUGGGGAGGAUGGUGCUGGUGGACCGGUCGAUCUGUUCGGGUUUGAAAGUGCAGAGGAGAAACUGGAGAAAUGGAUGUACAGUGGAGACGAUAGGAACUGUGUUGCUGUAUGGGUUAGGGGGAGGUUGGUACACAAGACAACGAGGUACACGGCUUAGAUGAUGGAAUGCAUAUAGACUACAGCUUGGCCGUUCAUUCGGGAGGUUCGAUUAGAGUUAACGAAAGUAUGAGUUCCCCA